UUUUUUUCCCCUCAUCAUAUCCAUACCUAUGACUAUCUCAUAAUCACUCAUUACUUAUUAAUAAUAAUAAUAAAAACCCACUCUCUUAUUUUCCAUUCCAUUCCAUUUCAACACAAUACUCUUCUCACGGAUCUUGCUUCUCUCUGCUCUCUUCUCUUCUCUUCUCUCUUCUCUCUUCUCUCUUCUCUUCAUAUAUCAUUCCAAUUUCCAAAGGGAUUUAAUCUUGCAAUAGCAAUUCAAAUGGCAUCUUGGAAGAAGACCAUAGCAACCCCAUUCAAGAAAGCUUGCACUUUCUUCAACAACAAUAACCAACCUCCAAGGGAAAACAACAACAACAACAACAACAACAAUAAGAAGUCUACUCAAACAGUGGAGGAAGAGAAGAGUGUGAUGGAUCUGCAUGGAGAAGUGAUGGCGUGUGGGUAUGAAGAUGUUCGUGUAAUGUGGUCAAUAUUGGAUAAGUCAAAGUCCACAGCACCCUGCAACAUAACCUCCUCAUGACUCUUCUUCUUCAAAGAAAGUGAAGCAGCAGCUGCAAUUAGCAAGUGGUUUUUUUUGUAUGCUAAUUAAUGUAUGUAUUAUCGUACGUACUAGGUUGCUUGGUUGGUCAUGGUGGUAUGAAUGUAAUUAAUCAUCAUUGUAGAAAUCGGUUCAAUAGGGGAGGGGGUAUGAAAUGAUUGAAUCCAUGGAAAAAUCAGUCAGUAUUCACUGCCCAUUUUCAUUUUUCUUUUUCUUUUGUAUUUUCAAUUCAAAGUGUUGUUUAUAGGGAAUCCGAAUCCCCGUGAUUGAUGAACAAAAAUCAUGGCGAGAUUUUAAUGGAAAAAAGAAAGUCACUUUUCAAUCUUAUCUCUCUGUCUCUCUCUCAUAAUUUUUUUUUUUUUUUGAGAAGUCAACUUUGGAGUCCUCAGAUUUUGAUUG